GUCAGUUCGUCAGUCCGUUGCCGUACUUCGUAAUGUGCACGCGCAGCAUCGACGAACUGCUGUCGAAUUACAAACUUUACAAAACUUCGAACCAUUACGAACGAAGAGCAAAAAUGUGCAUUGAAGAUUGAAAAAAUAAUUCUUUUCCGUCAAUUUCACAAAACUAGCGAUGAUAACCAGACCGAAUAGCACUAUUCUGUGAGAAUGCGAGAGAAUUCUUGGAAUACUUUGGAUUUAACGGUGCAUGCAGCAUCCACAGGUGUCUAGAUUCGCCUUCGAAUAUUCCGCGAUGUAAGUUGAAAAUUCAGUUUUGUGAAUAAAAUCGUGCAAAGUGAAAUUACACAGACAAUAAAAGUUUUUCGAGAUGUGUCGAUAGAAUGAAGUUUUGCAAGAAUAAUGGCUAGGAGUGUACUCUCGAUACCUUUCGCAGGUAAUACGAGGAUGGUUACUAGACUCAAGUGCUUGAAAAGACUCAAUAUCGGCGUUGACUACCUAAAUUAUGUAAUUUUCUGCCUUCUGCUGAUUUAUCCGACAAGGGUCAAUUCAGAAAACCUCCUUCAAGCACCAAGGUUCACCACGUCAACGUCAACGAGUAGCAUCACCCGUUUAGGAACAGUCAAAAUUUUGCAAUGUCAGGCAUUCGGAAACCCUCCUCCACAAUUCCGAUGGCUGAAAGACGGGGUCAUGAUCUCAGACUUCUCCACGGACCCCUUCUACAAAAUAAUAUCUUCGAAAAGGACUGACGAAGGCAGCUAUAGAUGCGUGGCCGCAAAUAAGAUAGGAGCCAUACUCAGCGAAGAAAUGAAAGUCACUGUAGCAUACAUGAACGUUUUCAAGGACACUACAGGGAAGAAUGUCACAGUGGAAGAAGGGGACGCAGCAAUCUUGGAUUUGCCGGAUAUCGAGUCUACCCCACCGCCAGACGUGACAUGGCAGACUGACGAGGGCGGUCUGCCCUACGCUCAAAAAUAUGCCAAAUCAAAAAGCAAUCAACUAAUUAUUUUAUCUACUGACUUAACUGACCAAAGAGCUUACAGGGCGGUUGCAAUAAACACCCAGGAGGGUAAUAAGUUCAACAGUCCCUUCAUCAAGCUGAAUGUGAUCGAAAGCAAUUCUGCCAAAGAAAUAGAACCUAAAAUAAUUGUAGGACCCGACGACAUGGAGAUCGUGCGCGGUACAGCGCAGGCAAGUCUGGAUUGUAUUGCGAACGCCAAACCGUUACACGAACUCGAGACGCUAUGGUUCAAAGAUGGCAUCCUCAUCGAUGACGCGGUGAUCACAUACGCCCUAAGCGACCCAUGGAACCGCAGCUUGUCCCUGGUCUCCGUGAACACCACCCAUAGCGGCCAAUACGAGUGUAGAGUCACCUUGAGAUCUGGUGGUUACCCUUCCGUAUCGGCCUUCGCUCAAAUAUCAGUUUUGGAGAAACCAAGGACGGUUAGUACCCUUAAAGCUGAAACUCUAGCAGAAUAUGGAUCACCUGUCACCCUAUCUUGUGAUGUUGUCGGACUUCCUAAGCCUAACGUUACUUGGUAUAUGAACAGCGUCGCCAUUGAUUUCAACAGCAAUAGGUUCGUACUGCAAGAAGACAACUCUUUACUGAUUAAGAAAUUGAAGAUAAGUGAUAAUGGGAUGUACCAAUGCUUUGCUACAAACCCAGCAGGAGAAUGCUCUUUAUCCACUUGGCUCAGAGUUAAAACAUCUACACCAGUUAUGGAAGUUUCUCCACAAAAUGUAACCGUGCUGGAUGGAAAAGACGCAAAUUUAAAUUGUAGAGCGGUUGGGGCACCAACUCCAAAUGUCACUUGGAUCUUCGAUGGAAAUGACGUUAUAGAGCCUUCUGCAAGAGUUCAAAUAUUAGAGUCUGGUGAUCUUCUGAUCGUAUCUGUUAAAGAGACGGACGCUGGGCAUUACACUUGCAUAAGAAGCAAUGAGGCUGGUACUGUGAAAGGUUCUGCUUAUCUGAGCGUUUUAGUGAGAACACAAAUCAUCAAACCCCCAGUCGACACGAGUGUAUUACUAGGUCAUACUGCCACAUUACAAUGUAAAGUUUCCACCGAUCCAGCUGUACCCUACCGAUUACUUUGGUUCCAUGAUAACAGACUGAUUAAUCCUAUGCUGACUUCCCGUGUUAACAUCUUGGAAGAUGGUACAUUGGAGAUCCAGGCUGUUAGAGCAGCUGACGUAGGGGAAUAUACCUGCAGCGUGACAUCCGCUGGUGGUAAUGACACUAGAUCAGGUAGUUUGAAGGUUGUGGAACUGCCUUUCCCACCGAAUAAUGUCAAAGCCGAACGACUGGAUUACCAAAUGAAAAGAGUGGUUAAUGUGAGCUGGACACCAGGUUUUGAUGGUAACAGUGCUAUAAAACAGUAUGUUAUUCAAAGAAGGGAAGUUCCUGAAUUCGUACCCCCGAUUAUAGGUCCAAUACCAGACCCGCUCAUGAACUGGGUUACCGAGAUAAGUAACCUUUCUGCCAGUCAGCGGUGGGUGCUGCUUGAAAAUUUGAAAGCUGCUGCUUCGUAUCAGUUUAGAGUGAGCGCCAUCAACAGUGUAGGGGAAGGAAGCCCUAGCGAUCCUAGUAACAUGAUCAAAUUGCCGCAAGAAGCUCCAUCCGGACCGCCAGUAGGUUUCGUUGGAUCCGCCAGAAGUUCCUCCGAAAUAAUAACUCAAUGGCAGCCGCCCUUAGAAGAACACCGCAAUGGUCAAAUUUUAGGUUAUAUAAUACGUUAUCGCCUAUACGGUUAUAACAAAAGUCCAUGGACCAUAAGAAACAUUACCAACGAGGCUCAAAGGAACUAUCUCAUUCCGGAUUUAAUUACUUGGAAAGAUUACAUAAUUGAAAUCGCUGCUUAUAACAAUAAGGGAGUGGGCGUGUUCACCAAAGGUGUCAAAAUAAAAACAAAAGAAGGCGUGCCUGAGGCCCCGCCCAAGUUACAGAAAGUUGUUGCUGUCAAUUCGACAGCUGUCCAGAUCUGGUGGGAUCCCCCAGAUCCGCAAAAAAUCAACGGUAUCAACCAAGGGUACAAAAUUCAAGCAUGGCAGUACAAUGCAAUGAGAGAAAUGUACGUAGAGAAGAAGAUGAUGACGGUACAUCCAAAUUUGUUGGAUCCUUAUGCUCAACAAACUGUGAUAAUGAAUGGUUUGAAAAAAUUUACAGAAUAUAAUAUUACUGUGUUAUGUUUCACCGACCCAGGUGAUGGAGAAAUGAGUCAAUACGUUUAUGUUAAAACGAAAGAAGAUGUACCUGGUGAAGUAGCAAGCUUGCAGUUCGAUGAAAUUAGUGACAGAUACGUUAAUGUCAUAUGGUCUCCACCUAAAGAACCAAACGGCAUUCUAACCUCAUACCAAAUCACUUAUCAUGUAAGAGAUAAACCGGAAACUGUAAAAAUGCUCAAUUUAUCAUCUGAUACUUUGAAUAUUGGAAUCAAUGAUCUUCAAGCCAUGACCCACUAUCGUUUUGAGGUUACUGCUUCAACUAGAGUAGGAAUCGGACCACCAAAAAUUGCUACAAUUCAGUCCGGAGUAGAGCCUGUAUUACCCCAGCCUCCGACAAAAUUGGCACUGUCUAAUAUUGAGGCUUUCUCGGUUGUCCUUCAAUUCACCCCAGGAUUCGAUGGAAAUUCUUCAAUUACAAAGUGGACAGUUGAGGCUCAGACCACAAGAAAUGUCUCUUGGUUUGUAAUCUACGAGGUCUCAGAUCCUGAUGCCAAAUCUAUAACUGUAACUGGUCUUGUCCCGUUCACACAGUAUAGGUUGAGAUUAAUUGCAAAUAACGUCGUUGGGCAUUCACAACCAUCGGAAUCCUCGAAAGAAUUUCAAACUAUCCAAGCACCACCAGCUUUUCCACCUAAAAAUGUGACAGUCCGAGCAAUCAGUGCUACGGAACUGAGAGUUAGAUGGAUUCCUCUACAACAAAUCGAAUGGUUUGGUAACCCAAGAGGUUAUAACAUAACCUUGGUAGAAGUGUCUUCAGGUAAAUCUCGAAGUGCUUCCAUUGACGAUCACACAGCUAACUCGCAUGUGGUUACAAAUCUGGAGGAAUAUGAACUGUAUGAGAUUUCAAUGCAAGCCUGCAAUGAUGUAGGAUGCUCAAAAUCGAGUUUAAAAGCGCUGGAAAGAACAAGAGAAUCGGUGCCAUCUUUUGGUCCGAUGAAUGUAGAAGCUAACGCUACAUCUUCUACGACGAUUGUGGUAAAAUGGGGGGACGUGCCAAAAGAACAUCAGAACGGUCUUAUAGAAGGAUUCAAAGUGUAUUAUGCCCCAGAUAAAUCCCCGCCUCAGUACAAACAAAUUCCUGGAAACUCCACUUUCACUACUACCCUCACGGAACUCAAGAAGUUUGUACAAUAUCGAAUACAAGUUCUGGCUUAUACCAGACUCGGUGAUGGAGAACCCAGUAAACCAGCCACAACUAGAACUUUUGAAGAUGUUCCUGGAGUCCCAUCUAAUGUGUCUUUUCCUGAUGUGUCCUUAUCAUCUGCUAGGAUAAUAUGGGAUAUACCCGAAGAACCAAAUGGAAAAAUUUUAGGCUAUAAAGUGACAUAUCACAUAAAUAAUUCAAAUGGGAACAAUAGAUAUUCCAAGGAAUUUGAACCGUUCAUAAGGACGUUCACGGCGACGCAAUUGGAACAAGAACAGUACUACUUAUUUUCGGUAACUGCUCGCACUAGACUUGGCUAUGGUAAAACUGCCAAAGCUAUUGUACUAACCACCAAUAAUAGAGAACCUCCGCAACCUCCUUCGACUCCUCAAAUAAGCAGAAGCCAGAUUCAGAGCAAACAAAUCACAUUCAGUUGGACCCCAGGAAGAGAUGGUUUCGCACCUCUCAGAUAUUAUAUCGUACAAAAGUCAGAGAACGGAGGACCCUGGCAAACAUUACCGGAGAGAAUAGAUCCCCAGCUAACCUCUUACACCGUUUCUGAUCUGAAACCUUUCACAGCCUACAAGUUCAGAAUACAAGCCACCAAUGAUAUAGGUCCUAGUGGCUUCAGCCAUGAAUCCAGUGAUGUUAGGACUUAUCCAGCAGCCCCUAGUAAGGGAGUUACAGGAGUUAAAGUUGUACCAAUAACAACAACAAGCGUGAAAGUAUUUUGGUUGACCGUGGAAAAAGAAUAUUGGAGCGGAGAUACCAAAACGGGGGGUUAUAGGGUUGUAUUCCAACCAGUUUCUGAUUAUCCAACAGCUCUUCAAGCUACCCCUAAGGAAGAAGUCAUGGGUACAGAGUCCAGUGAAAUAGUUUUGCAAGAUCUACUCCAGGACAGAAACUAUGAGAUUGUUGUUAUUCCAUUCAAUUCUCAAGGUGAAGGUCCAGCUAGCCCUCCAGUCACUGUAUAUGUUGGAGAGGCUGUACCUACGGGGGAACCAAGGGUUUUGGAAGGAGAAGCCAUAUCUUCUACCGAGGUCAAAUUGAGAUGGAAACCACCGCAGCAACAAAUGCAGAAUGGAGAAUUGUUGGGGUACAAGAUUUUCUAUCUAGUCACUUCUUCCCCACAAAAAUUCGAGAACGGGACUAAAUUCGAAGAGGAAACAGAAGUCGUUCCAGCUUCCACCACCUCACACAGCUUGGUUUUUCUCGACAAAUAUACAGAGUAUAGAGUUCAAGUACUGGCAUUCAAUCCAGCUGGGGACGGUCCCCGUUCCAAAUCUAUCACAGUUAAAACUCUCCAAGGCAUUCCAGGACCUCCGGACAACCUAACAUUUUCUGAAAUAACUAUGAAUAGUCUAGUUGUGUCUUGGGAACCUCCCAGAAAGCCAAACGGAGACAUUGUAGGUUAUGCAGUGACAUACGUAACAACAGAACAAAAUGAUAGUUUCAGUAAGUUGGUCAGACAAAAAGUCACUUCAACUUAUCUCCACAUCCAGUCUCUGGAGGAAGGUAUCACUUAUACUUUUACUGUAAGAGCCGAGACAAUCGAUCUAGGUCCACCAAUCUCGAGUAAUAUAACUACUGGACCCCAAGAAGGUUCUCCUGGUGCACCGAAAGAACUGGCUUUGGUUAAAACGCAAACAAAUAUUGAACUGCAUUGGUUGAAUGGACCUACUGGAAAAGGUCCCAUUCUUGGUUAUUACAUUGAGUCGAAGAAAAAAGAUGAUAACAUGUGGCAGCUUGUUGCCAAAACAACAAACGGCCCACUUGUGGAUUUCGCCAUAUCUUAUCAAAGCCUGAUCGCCUCAACUUUCUACAAUUUCCGAGUUAUACCAUAUAAUCGUUUUGGAAUCAGUUAUCCUGCUACUACAGAAGAAUUAGUUCUGACCCCAUCCAAACUAUACAUGGAAUAUGGUUAUUUGAAGUACCAACCCUUCUAUAGAACCACCUGGUUCAUGGUUAUUUUAGCUGCUUUAUCAGUGAUCAUCAUCAUUAUGAUUAUAGCAGUUUUAUGUGUCAAAAGCAAGAGUUAUAAAUAUAAACAGGAGGCGCAGCGCACCCUAGAGGAAUCCAUGGCUAUGUCGAUUGGAGACCAUCAAGAAUUAGCCAUGGACUACUAUAGAGCGCGGAACGGCAACGCAAACAUCAGCACGCUCAGCAAUAUGAGCAAACGGAGCACUCUAAACAGGAAACCCCCACAACCACCCCCAGCUAUGCUGAGCAAAUCGCCACCAAGGCCUUCUCCUGCUUCAGUGCCAUACGAUUCUGAUGAAGGUAGCCUGAAAGGUUACGAUGAGAAUCCUGAUGAUAGCAGUGUCACCGAGAAACCAUCAGAGAUGAGUUCUUCUGAUUCGCAGGAAUCUGAGAGUGAAAACGACAGUGUCAGAUCCGAUCCUCAUUCGUUUGUCAAUCAUUACGCUAACGUGAAUGACACCCUGAGACAAUCUUGGAAAAAACAAAAACCUAUAAGGAACUAUUCGAGUUAUACAGACUCCGAACCGGAGGGUAGUGCAGUGGUGAGUUUAAAUGGGGGCCAGAUAAUAAUGAAUAAUAUGGCUAGGUCUAGGGCCCCAUUACCUGGAUUUUCAUCAUUUGUGUAGCAUAUAGCAUAAUGAAUGUGUCCUAAAAGUCAAUUUUAUGAUUCUGUGAAUACGUAUAUUGUAGCCGAUACCUUUUUCGAAACGAGGAUCACUUUCUUAAUUCAAAGAAGCUUUAAACUCUUUUUGGAGUGCAAUAAAUUUCGAACACUAAAUUUGAGAUUUUGUGAAAAUUGAAGACGUAUGUGUCACAUAAAUUUUCAUUUGAUUCAUGCAACUUGAAGAUAGCCGAAGAUUUUUUACCCUUCGUUGAACUGUUUUCGUUUUUGAACCUAAUUGUAAAAAUUGGCAAAAUAUGUUUUUCAUUGAAUUUUGCGGCGAUAUUAUUUAGGAAAGAGUUUAUGAAAAUAUUUAAUCUGACGCUGAUUUCUCUGCUUUUGUAUAAUUUCGGGUUUAGAUUUAAGUUUUUCAGAAGACUGUACAUACGUAUUUUUUUUAUUAGCAAAAUAUUAUACGUAAUUUGAUUGUCUCGACUCAUUUCCGUACAUACAUGCAUUGAAUAUUUAAUUAUAGAAAAAAAACAUAUAUAACGUUAAGAGAUGCCAAAUUUCAUCAAUAGAGAAUUCGUUAGAUAUCUAUAGAGAUUUUAAAAGAAUAGACAUUUCCUAUUUAGAAUGUUGAAACAUGGAACCAAGGUGUCUUAAAAUGAUAUUUUUAUGAUAUGUUUUAUGUUGAUUUGCUGAUUUCUAGAUCUCUUUUUCUUCUUUGAACUGUAUUCUUCUUUCAAGUAAUUCUUCUCGAACAUAUCAUGAAAAUUAAAAGUAGCUUAGAAUGUUUCUUUGCGCUGUCCAUCAUAAAUACUUUAUACAAUCAAAACGAUGCGGUAGGUUUUUUUCAAUGUCACUUCGGACUGAAUUCAGAAUUGUUGAAGACUUAUUUGAAGAAAUGCUGAUUUUGGAAAAAUAUCCACCGUCUACCUAAUUAGAUGGAUAAUGUAAUCUGAGACAUAACUCUCAUAAAAUGAUAAACAUAAUCGGUGUUGACAAAAAUGUAUAAAACAUUAUAUCGUUAAAUUUGAGUUACGAAUCUUUUGGUGAAAAGUCUGGAGAAAACAUCAAUGUUGUCACACAAUUAUUAUUGUCACCUUUAUAAUAAUUUGGUAUGUUAUUCUUGCAGAAACUUCGUGAUAGAGUUCAGAAGCUCUGAAUCUUUUAGCAGUUGCUAGAGCUAAUUUAUAAGAUAAGCCUAGAAUUUUUUAUUCUAAAUAAAAACCAAAGAGUAACAACAACAACAACAGGUUUACGAAUGUUCUCUAUGGUUUCAACAGUUUUUUCAUAUUCUUUACCGAAAAUGCGAUUCAGCUUUUUCAUUUUUACUUUUUUCACUUUACAUCUUAUCAGUUGUCAUUUCUGCAUGAAAAAAUAAUCAAAUUGCAAAGAUACUCGUAAACGUAGGCACUGAAAAACUAACUGUUCGUUUUUUCUGCAAGAAUGGUAAUGAUGAACCGAAAUGCAUUUACUAUAUUGUUAUAGUGCCAUUACAAUUCAGUUUUCCGACAUAUGUAUUUUUAAAAUUCGACCAAUGGUGCAGUGGUAGGACUUCGAUGAAAAAAUUGCGAAUUUUGUUUGUUUUCCUCCAUUUUGUUUUGGGGGGAAGAAAACAGAAAUAACCUGAUGUACUGAUUAAUGAUAAUAUCACUGCCUUUAUUAUUUAUUGUAAAUAGACUACUUGUAAAAUAAAUCUGUGAUUACUUCGACUGUA